AUGGCAUGUGGAACAUUCCAUCGUGAAACAGGAGAUUUGUGUGGUGUGAGUGAACCAACAGUGUGCAAAAUAGUCCACAAAGUCUGCAAUGCUAUAUGUAAACUAAAAGAUGACUACAUCAAGUUCCCUGAUGCUGCUACCCAAGCCAUCUACAAGGUGCAGUUCUAUGAAUAUGGCAAUUUCCCUGGAGUCAUUGGCUGCAUUGAUGGGUGUCAUAUUCCCAUAAAGCGUCCCUCUACACCAGAUGCUGAAGAGUACAGGAAUCGUAAAAACUGGUUUUCAGUAAAUGUGCAAGGUGUGUGCACUCCCACUAUGCAGUUCUCCAACAUUGUUGCACGUUGGAAAGGUGCAACUCAUGACUCAAGGAUUUUCCAAAACUCCUCUUUGUAUGCUCAGUUGGAAGGAGGACAACAUAGUGGAAUCAUACUUGGUGACAGUGGGUAUGCACAGAACAACUUCUUGUUCACCCCCUAUCUUCAUGCAGUCACACCAGAGCAACAGAGGUACAACCAAGCUCACAUUCGCACUAGAGGUAUAGUGGAGCGCAUGUUUGGUGUGUGGAAGAGUCGUUUCCAGUGUCUUAGAAGCACACUGCGCUUUGAACCAAGAAGAUACUGUAUUGUGAUAAUUGCGGCAGCAGUGCUUCACAAUUACCUAAAACAACAUGGCUGGCCAGAUCCUGAAAUAGAAGAUGACAGUGACCUAAAUAUUCCCAAUGUUGAAGCCAACAAUGACAGAUAUGGACUAGCCUGCAGAGAUGCUUUUGCUGUGCAGCAUUUUUCACAAAGACAAUGA